GGUUGUGUUUAUAUUUCUAUGGGCCAUAUAUAUACAUAGACAUACACUUAUAGCCUCACUCCCCGGCACAUACAACUGACCACUCUUUGUGUACCCGAGCAGAACCAAAGGGAAAUUUUGGCUUCCCCUGACCACGUUACUCCUGUGAGUCGCCUCAGUUCAGAGAUGAGGUGGCCUGCGGCUGCGGGACAUGAGUACUGCAUAACCCUUCAGUUUUCGCAGUUAGGUAUGUAUCCAGCAUGUGCCUGUCUGUCUUCACUGCACACGGACCUGCCCAUGUCAGUGCAGCCAACAUCACAGAAAGCAGAAUUCCAAGGUAGAAAGAGAUCUGUCAUAUCUUAUUUUUACACUACCUUUUUUUGGCCGAUAAGACUGCUACAGUAAUUGCAAAAACAAUAGUUCCUACCUUCUAAGAACUAAAAUGGGGACUGACUCCCAUUUCUGAGGCUUCCCUUCGCCAAGCACUUGUCACUCAGAGUUUUGAAGGCUUUCCUGUGCAUCACAUCAGCUAUGGGAAUUUUCAAAAUGGGUGUCGUUAAGUUUUAAUGCAGAUUAAAAAUUUUUGGAGCUAUGGUUCAGGAAAAUUUGCCUGGAAAUGAACACUUCUCUGCAUUCUAGAUUUAAGUACCCCCCUUUUUUUUUUCCUAGGUGAUAGGAGAAACACAAAGGGAACAUCUCAAGGCACUAAGGAAGUGAGUGGUUAGAAGAGUAUUGCUUAUAUAGUUUCAUGGUGCAUGUGGAAAUACAGACACAUCCACCUGAAGACUUACUAGGCCGGGAUCCCCUCGUUCGCACAUUGUGUAUUAGGAAUACAUAAAUCUAGAGGAAAUAGCAGAAUACUUUAUUCAGAAUUCAAAGUGGAAACAAAACAAAAACUAUUGUGAUACUUUAAUAGACUCCCUAUAGGUUAGAAAUGUAGGCAUAGAGGCACCUAAGGGAACAACACUGAUGUAUAUUGUUACGUCAGUUGUAGUUCAAAUUGAAGCCCCUUCCUCUUCUUUUUUUUUAAAUGGAGAGUAUUAUAUUAAUACCCACCUCUCUCCUGAAUGAUGAAAUUCUUUCUUGACUUUGUUCUGUGUGCAACACAUGAGGUAUGAAUCUUUUUGGCCAUAAAAUCAGACAGAAGUUUAAGGUUACCAUCUUUGCCCCUGAAAGCUAAAAUAAACAAACACAAAGUAAAACGUGUGCCAAAAGAUGGGAGUUUGUGUUGGGUCACAUUUUUACAUUACCAGGAAGACUAGUUCCUAAUGAAGUGAUUAAGAAGAUGCUUUUAAUUUUAUAAAUAUUUACUUAUAUUAAAAAAAAAUUCAAAUUACAUUUCUACCUUUGUUUUCAAGGUUCCCAGACAAAUGGCUUUCAGAUGAUGCUAGGCAUUAAAAUCUCCAGGGGCUGGAGAAUCCUGCUUAAAAUGCAGACUUCCAGGCUCUGUUCCCAGAAUUUUUUUUUUUUAAUGGGCAUACUGGGGAUUAAACUCAGAACCUCAUGCAUGCUGAGCACACACUCUACCACUGAGCUAUGCCCACAUCUGCCCAAAGCCCCCAGAAUUUCAGACUCAGUCAGUUUGAGGGGUGGAGCGCUCAGGAAACGACCUUUUAAGAAACUUCUAAUUGAGGCAUCAUAUUCAAACAGGAGAGUGCCCACAUCAGUGGUGUGUAGCUCAGUGAUUUUCACAAACUGAACCCACACGUGGAACUAGCACCCAGUUCAGGACACAGAAUCUUCCCUGUCCUCAGAGCCUUCCUCCCUCUGUCCCUCCCCUCACUCUCCCCUGCGCAGCCAUGAGCAUUGUGCUCCCCCUGACGCUGUAGACUGGUUUUGUCUGUUGCUGUAUUUCAUGAGAAUGGGGGACUGUACAAUUUAUCCUCAUUGCGAUUCAGACUUCCCUCACUCACGUUAUGUCCGGGAGCUUCAUCCCCAUCGUUCUGUGCAGUCACAGGUGAGUCCUUCUCACUGCUCUGUGGCAUUCCGCUGUGUGACUCUACUCCAACUAAUGCAUUCGUUCUGCUUCUGCUGGGAAUUCGGGUAGUUUCCAGUUCUGGCUAUUACACUCGUCCUGCUGUAAACACUGCUGCUGGAGCAACCAGUGAAAGCUCAGCCCUAUAAUCAAGGUUCAUAAAAGAGAGUCUGGGGACUUACAAGAAUUUUGUCUCAAAGCUAAAAAGGAAGAGGAGUAACGUGAGGCUUAUUUUUUUAAAAAUAAGAGCUAAGGGCAAAUAACAAAGCUUUUAGUGUUUUAAUGCUAUGUCUUCAACAAAAAUAGAGGAAAAAAGCAGUUAAAAAGAGCAGAAUUACUCAACCCUUAUUUUUCUUACAUUCUUUCAGUAAGGAAAACUCCAGUAAGUCAACAAUGGGUAGACUGCACAUGGUUAAGACACAGCUGAAUCCUAAUUUUAGACCAAAAGAUGGUAAGUUAGCAAGUGGCAAGUUUGAGUGCUAGCAAAUACAUUCUGGGAUCCUGAAAACUUAUGCUGGUGAUUCUUACUGCCUGAGUGGAGUCCAGACCCCUGGGCCUGGCAGAAGCUCAGGGUCCACUAGUCACUGGAUUCAGAAUUUGAUAAAUCUUGGCUUAACACCUUUGCUGUUGCCUCACAGCUUCCAUGGGUGAGGGCUGUGGGUGUGGUUUAACUCGAGCUAGGUCCCUGGAUCAGGGUCUCAUAAGGCAGCAAUCCAGGUGCCAGCUGGGGCCCGGCUCUCAUCUGUGGCUUGGGGUCCUCUUUCAAGCUCUCAGGGUUGUUGGCAGCUUCACGAAUGCCUGCGUCUUUAAGGGCAGCAGGGGAGCUUGUCUGUUCUUAGGGAAGGCUUCAAUCUCUUUUAAAGGGCUUGCCUGAUUAGGCUAGGCCCACCCCAAACGAUUUGAUGAACAGUUUGAUGAACUCAAAGUAAUUCUAAUCUGAGAUUUUAAUUAUAUCUGCAAAAAUCUCUUCAUCUGUGCCAUAGCAUGUAAUCACAGGAGUGACAACCACCAUAAUCACGGGUGCUCCCACAAUCAAGGGAAGGAGAGAAUACAGGGUGUGUACAAGGGGGAGGGAGACUAGGGGGCCAGUUAAGAAUUCUUCCUACUACAUUUACAUCAGUACUUUUGUCGCACUUUGGAGAUCACGAAGUACUGUCUUCUGUGGUCGCUGGAUCUGUCGCAAAUUCAGGACUGAAUCGUGUGCUCCUAAAAUUGACAGAACAGAGCAUGUGUAAGACAGAUGAAAUUAAGUUUUAUUUUUUGCAUUGUUUUAAAUGAGCACUUUUGCCUUUCAUAAAUUAUUUACAUUACCUUCUUAUAUGCUCAUCAGACACCGGUGGCAUUUUUACAGUAAAUGUGAAAUGAGGAUACAGAUGGAACAGGCCUGAUCUGUCCGCAGCUCUGACACGGCCACGCUGCUUGCACGUGGAGAGAGCGGGCCUCACAGCGUGUCCUGCCUGUUCACACCUGAGUGCGCCUGCAGGGCUGCCACAGCGUAACGCCACAGGCUGGGGGGCUUGAAUGACAGACAUUAAUUUUUUCACAGCUCUGCAGGCUGGAAGUCUAAGAUCAGUUGCUGGCAGGGCUGGUUUCUGGUACAGCCUCUCUUCCUGACUAGGAGCUGGACGCCUCUGUGUCCCCACACGACCUUCCUUCUGUGUGUGCAUGGAGACAGAGAGCGCUCUGGUGUCUCUUCCUCUUCUUAUAAGGACACCAGUCCUAGCAGUGUAGGCCCCACUCUUACGACCUCACCUAACCUUAACUACCUCCUCCGAGGUCUUAUCUCCAAAUACAGUCGUGGGGGGGGGGUUAGUGCUUCAGCAUACGAAUUUUGGGAGACGCCAUCCUGUCCAUAACAAGACUCAAAACGUCUAAGGACAGUCAACAACCUGUGCAGUUUCCUGCUUAUGAUUACCAGUGUUUUAAAAAUUACUAAUCACCACGCAUAGAUUCAUGUGUUUAUGCCAAGAAAUCUCUCCAUAUCUUUUCUUGUUUGCUGAAAAUAAUAGAAUGUCUUGGAUUGGGAGUCUGUUUGUUACCAGGGCAACAAGGUACGUGUGCUGCCCUGAGCAGUGCCACAGAGCCAUCUCUAUCGCUUGGUUCUGACAGAAUUACUGCAAACUGCCCAGACCAACCAGUUGUAUCAUUUUCCCUAGUAAUGAGACAAGAAAGGUCCCCACAAGUCCUCAUAAAAGGAAAAUAACAGAACCACAGUAUAUAGCAAGGGGCAUAGCUCCCUCUGACAGACUCCUGGUCCCUCCAAGGAGAGGUACAACCCCCAGAGUGCAGACACCUCUCCAUAGGAGUCAGGUAUGAAUGUCAGGAUCCGUGGUAGAGACAUCUGCUUAUAAUCUAAUAAAUGUUUUCUGAGCCCCUAUUUUAGAAAGGGGUGGAAAUGUGCUCUGUGAAGAAGCUACAUUUUCUGUGCAGCUACAAGUGAUCAGUGCAUCCAGAUUAUUGCCUGGGACCCAUGGAAAGACCUGGUAGACACAGGAAGCAUGUGACUAGCAUGUGUCCUUGUUUGCUCUUACCCUCUUUCCUCUUGUUUUCUGCCUGGACUAUUGAUUUGAUGCCAGUAGCCAUUUGGGUGGCUGGAACUUCAGGAACCAUCUUGGGUAAGAGUUAAUCUCCAGAAGAGAAGCCACACAUCAAGGAAGAUGGACCUAAAAUGUGGAACAAGCCUGAGUCCAUGACACUACGGAACUUCUACACCAACCCUGGACUGCUGAAUCCUUUCAUGUUGUGGAACGAAUCAUCAGUGUGGACAUCCUGAUUUGAUUACAUCUACAUGCUCUAGUUUACAUUCCAAACUGAGAAAAGUCACGGCGGCCACGUGGUUUUGUCAAGCUGUGGGUUUCUGUGUGGACGUAAGCUUUCAGCUCUUUUGGGUGGGCACCUGGAGUGUUACUGCUGGAUCAUACGGGUCUGAGCACGCCCGGAAGUGAGGUUAAUAAGGGAGACUCCAAGGCCUUUUGUGGCAACAGUGGAGGGGGGAACCAGCACUCCAUGAACAUGAGCCUGAAGUCCCCGGUGUCUGCUCCUCAGUUUGAGAGCAAAGGUAGCCAUAUUUCAGCGAGAAAUGGAAGCUGUUUUCUAGUCAGGCACACCCCUCAUCCCAGAAGGGUCUGCCACAUCAAAGGUUUGAAUAACAUUCCAAUCUGUACCGUGAAUGAUGAUGAGGACUCAUUCAGAACAUUGUGGAGUGCCGGCCAGUUCAACCACUCAGAGAAGGACGAGAUACAGUAUGCCAAAUGCAGUUACCCACCCAGCACCGCAGCCCUGGACAGCCCCGUUAGAGGAGCCUCACCAGCCCCAAACAGGCUCAGAGAGCCCCCACGGCCUCAUUCUGAGCCCUGUCGAAAAAUCAAAGAGUGCUUCAGAACUUCCAGUGAGAAUCCCUUAGGACUUUGGAAGGAAGAAAUUAAGGUAAAAAACUCACCGUCACCACCAAAGGCAUGCUCUUCUGCUGGCUCUUGUUCUUCAGAGGUGAUAAGUGCCAAGACUGAUGUCAAAGAGAGCACUGUCUGCAUACCAAACUAUCUGGAUCAGGAAAUCAAAAUUCUGGAAAAGCUCUGUAACAUUUUACAGACUGAUUCUCUGGCAGAAGUUCUACAGUGGCUGCUUCAUGCAAGUUCCAAAGAAAAGGAGUGGGUCUCAGCUUUGAUUCAUGCUGAGCUGGCUCAGAUAAACUUGUUAACUCACCUCAGAAGAAGCACCUCAGCAGAACCAGCAGCAGAGACUGGGAGGCCACAGAAAGUCAAAUCGCCCCCAAAUUCACCAGCAAGAUCAAAAGUGCUACCCAGAUCUACGGAAAGACAUCAACUGAGCAGAGUGGCAAGCCAAGGAUCUGAAGGAAAUAAGGAAAUACCAAAAGAGGCUGAGCACAACCCUCCAUUGUUUAUGAGAAGAAAUGAAAUGAAAAUACCAGUUGCAGAAUAUUUCAGCAAACCAAAGUCUCCUCCCAGGCCUAAAACUCAGGAGAGCAUGUCAACGAAAGCAAUGUCAGCAAGGAAUAUACAACAAGGAUACAGUCUCUCUCCCCAAAGAGCAUUUUAUCCUGUAACACACCAAAGGUAGAAAUUCUAGACUGAGCUAAUUCUUUCACAAAUAUGAGAUAUUUCACUUUGUUGCAACAUCAAAUUAUUAAAAAAUCUUUUUAGAAUGGAGGAAUCAAUAGCUCCUCUAUUUUGUGGCACAUGCAAAUUUCAAAGCACCUGUUAUAAUGCUACUAAAUAAAAAUUAAUG